AGGGUGACGCUGUGCCGUCUUUAUAUUCAAAGUAUGUUAAAACAAAAACAAAAAACGGAUCUGCAGUUUGUACUCUUGUUGUCAUUUCCAAACGCAAACGACACGCGCUCGGAUGGUUCCUCUGCGGCUUCCGUACAGCCUGUUGCAGCAGUUUGAAUGUUCGGCGCGUUUUAACUGCAGCGGGUUUGUUACAACAGUGAAAGAAAACGCAGAAUGGCCUCCCCUGCCACAUGCAACGAUGAGGGCGCAUUCAAGACCCCUAAAACCGUCCGAGUGAGGAGCAUUGGAAGCAAUGGAGGGACCCCAAUCACCAUCCCGGCCUCACCUUUCAUGAAGAAGUUGGGCUGUGGCACUGGAGUCAACGUUUACCUCAUGAACAGAAUGGGAAAGCUGAAUGCGUCUCCCUGGGCUGUCAAGAAGAUCAACAAUAAGUGUGCAACCAAACAGGUGGCGGUUUACCAGAAGCGCCUGAAUGAGGAGGCAAAGGUCCUGAAGGGAAUCGACCAUCCAAACAUUGUUGGGUUUCGUGCCUUCACCACGGCCAAAGAUGGAUCAAAGUGUCUGGCUAUGGAGUAUGGAGGAGAGCAGUCCCUAAAUGACCUGAUAGAGAAGAGGAGAGAGGACGGCCUGAAAGCUUUCCCUGCUGCCAACAUAGAAAAAGUAGCGCUGCAUGUUGCUCGUGGCCUUCAGUAUCUCCACAAUGAGAAGAAGCUGCUGCACGGCGACAUGAAGUCAUGUAAUGUUGUCAUCAAGGGCGACUUUGAGACCGUCAAGAUCUGUGAUGUUGGUGUGUCUCUGCAGCUGGACGAGAACAUGAGAGUGUCAGACCCAAAGGCGGAGUACAUCGGCACAGAGCCGUGGAAACCGAAGGAAGCUCUGGAUGAGGAAGGAGAGAUCACCGACAAGGCUGACGUCUUCGCCUUCGGUCUGACUGUGUGGGAGAUGAUGACACUGGCCAUGCCUCAUCUGGAGAUGCUGGAGGAUGAGGAGGAUGAAGAGGAGUCAAUGGAGGAGAGUUUUGAUGAGGACGCCUACUACGAGAAGUUGGGGACGAGGCCAGCGCUGGAUGCCGAGGCCCUGGGCAGCUCGUACCGGAGGAUGGUGGAGCUUUUCUAUCUCUGCACAGAGGAAGACCCCAAGAAGAGACCCUCAGCCGCCCAGAUCGUCCAGGCUUUAGAGAGCAACGCCCUGCUGGAUAAAACGCCCAGUGAGGUGAUUGUUAUCGACUGAUUUACACAACUAAUUCUGCAUUUUGAUCUUAGAGGUGCAAGUUAGGAUGUUGUUGGGUGUUCAGGAUUCAGGCAGGUUAAAACGGAUUGAUUUGUCAGGGAUUGCAGACUAUAUGAACACAACUUAUUUACUAGCUAGUUUGGGAGGGUUUUUGUACUAAUUUAGAGGCUCCAGGAAACCUCCAUGUUGAGAAUCCAGCCUAGAUGUAGAAACACGUCAGUCACUGGUGAAAAUAUCAGUUGACGCUGACGUGAAUGAGCUACGAAAAGUUCACUGUAAUCUCUAAACUGUACAUCUUUGUCAUUUAUUUGUAUGUUGUAUUUUCUUUCCUGUAUGUCAACUUUUAUCAUGUAAAUGUUUUUAGUUUCUUUACCUCGUAAUUCUUCUUGAAGUUACUCACGUGUGUGUGUUUCUGCACUUCUGUAAACUUUUUCUUGAUCAAA